AAAGAAAUUAGUUGAGUUGCAGUUGAGAAAAAGAAAAAUCAUUCUCUAGUCGAGGAGGAUGAGGGGGGAUGUUGUUGACGCCUUGAAAAAAUGCGCGGAGGCGCUUCAACAUGGGAAUCCGAGACUUGCAAAUGCAGAGAUGGGAAGAGUUCUUUUUCUUGCUGAAAAGGAAACCAAGCCUACAACUAGAAGAUUGAUCGGAUAUUUUGCACAGGCUCUCGCUUGCCGAGCCUAUGGACUUCAUCCUAAAUAUUUUUCAUUCCCAUCACCUGACUGGAAGUUUUGGAUGUGUAACUGGUGUGACCUUUUUGGUACUGUAGGUCGGUGUAUUUCACAUGUCGUCAAGGGAAAAUGCAAAGUCCAUGUUAUUGAACUUGUCAAGCACAUGGAUGGUUAUGAGCAAUGGGCAUCCAUGUUAUUUGAGGUUGAUACGUGGGGUGACUGGGGUGACCUGACGCAUUUAAGGUUAAGUUUCCUUGUACAAGAAAAAUUUGAAUUUUCGAAAGAAAGUGAGGAGAGACUUAUUGGGUUCGCUAACAACUGUGACAUUGAGUUGGAAUAUAAGAUUAUUGCUGUUAACAGUUUCGCUGACAUUGAUGUGUCUUUGCUGGAGAUGCGGGAUGGCGAGUUUGUGGUUGUGAAUUGCAUGUUUGUAUUCAGCAAAAUGUUAUCUGAGGCAUUAGCUCUGGAGAAGCUGUUACAAAGGGUGAGGGAUGUCAUGACAGUGGAUGUUAUGAUUGUUGUAGAGCAUGAUGCUAACCACAAUCUGUCUGAUUUUUUAUUGCGGUUUGAUGAAUCACUUAGAUAUUAUUCUUCUCUAUUCGAAGAAGCAUAUCUUCUCCGGGAAGGCGAGCCGUAUUUUAGAUAUGAAAUAUGCAACAUAGUGGCGUGUGAGGGUAGUAACAGGGUGGAGCGGCACCAGACGUGGGCUCAAUGGAAAUCCUUGCUUAUUCAUCAUGGAUUUUCUAUUUUUAAGUCGUUUAUUAAAUCGGAAGACAAAGAAUAUGAAGAGUUGAGGGAAAAUGGUAUCUUGUUGAUCUCAGGGACCGAUACAAAGGAGCGGCCAGGAUUUUUCGUUUCUGCUUGGAAAAUAUUAACAUCCCCCUCCAAAUCAUCGGGCUCUAAUGAAGGUUAGUAUCUUCUACCGAGUUAAACUGGCCCCUUAACACUAACCA